CACUGGCCGGCGGCGACCCGCUGCGCGGGCGCGCGCCGGCGCGGCCCCGCCCGCUCGGCGGGCGGCCCCUCCGCACCCCCCCGGACGGCGCGCCGCGCGAGGGCCGCGGCGGCAGCGGCGUGGCGGCGCGAGGCACGGCCCGCUUGGCCGUCGCUCGCCUGGCCGCCGCCGCCUCGGCGAUCUUCGGCGCCCGCCGCGCCCGGCUGAGCGGGCUGCCGAGGCCUGCGGGCGCGGCCGCCGGGCAGGCGCGGCCCGGGGCCGCCUUCGCGAGCGCCGCGCCUCGCUGGCCGCGGAGGGAGAUGGCCCAGGCGGCCUGGCGGCUCCUGGAGCGGCGAGACGUCUGGCUGCUGGCCGCGGGCGCCGGGGCGCUGCUGGCCGCGUCGCUGCUGGAGCUGCUCGUGCCGCCGCUGGCCGCGUCGGCGCUCUUCCGCAUCGUGGAGCAGCGACCGUGGGCGGACGUGCUGGAGCGCAUCGGCCUGCUGACGGCUGUGACGGCGGGGUACUCGCUGAUGAAUGGGUCGUACAGCCUCAUGUUCCACUCGGUGCGCAACGCCUUCGUCAGGAGGCUGCGUGAGGAGGCGUUCAGGACGCUGCUGUUCGAGGGCAUGGCUUUCCAUGCAGUGUUCAACGCGCUGAACGAGGUGCUGAAUUUCCUGCUCCGGUCUGCCGUGCUCACUGUCUGUGGCAUCGUCGCCUUGCUUCGAAUAUCAGUGCAUGUUACGGUGGGUGUCUCCGCCGUCUUGAUGGCGUUGGCUGUCUGUACUGGGUGGUACGCAGGAGUCAGCCAGCGAGCCGCGCGCAGCACGCAGGACGCGAUGGCAGGUCUCAACCGCAUCGCAAUCGAGAGCCUGAGCAUGCUGCGCACCGUCCGGGCGCUGGACGCCGAGUCGGUGCACAGUCGCUUGUACUCGGACAUGAGUCGGGAGGCGUUUGAAAUCCAGCGGAGGCGUGGCCUCGCUUCUGGCAUCUUCAGCGCCGCCACCACCAGCCUCACAACGCUGGCGCGCGCCGUGGCGCUGCUGACUGGGGGCCUGUUAUUGCUGAGGCCAGGCAGCAUCAUAACUGGCGAGGUGCUCACGACAUACCUGUUCUACCUCGACGCGGUCACGGAGAGCGCCCUCAGCCUCGGCGUGGAGUGGUCUUGUGCCAUGGAGGCGUUUGGGGCUGGCGAGCGCGUUCUGUCGCUGGCCGCCACGCCACGGUCGGAACCGGGCAGGGCCAGGCGCUCGGAUGCAAUGCAGGGCGACAUCGCGUUCGAGGCGGUCAGCUUUGCGUACCCUUCGCGCCCAAGCGAAAUGGCCCUGGACCGCGUCUCCUUCCAGUGCCCCGCUGGGUGCUGGACAGCGGUGGUUGGGCACACGGGCUCUGGCAAGUCGUCGAUUAUUGCACUUGUGCAGCGACUCUACGAUCCCACGGACGGGCGCGUGCUACUAGACGGCGCCGACGUCCAGGGCCUGGACGUGCAGGAGCUGCGGAGCCAGCUCGGCGUCGUCACCCAGCAGCCGAACUUGUUCCGUGGCAGCGUGGCCGAGAACAUCGGCUGGGGUCUGGCUGAUCCAAGCCUGGAGGACGUCCAGGAGGUGGCGCGCACCGUCGGCAUAGAUGAUUUGAUUCGCGGCCUGCCAGAGGGCUACGACACCAUCAUCGGGGACACCAUGCUGUCUGCAGCUCAGCGCCAGCAGAUCGCCAUUGCACGGGCGCUGAUGCGCGACCCGGCGGUCCUCCUGCUGGACGAGCCGACCGCGGCGCUCGACCCCGGCACGUGCCAGCUCGUCAUGGACGCGAUCUGCCGCUCGCGGUGGUCCCCGCGCCGGGGCCGAAACCGCUCCAUCAUCAUGGUGGCCCACCGCCUGGAAACGGUGCAGGGCGCCGACCAGAUACUGGUGAUGCAGGCCGGGAGGGUGGUCGAGAGCGGCACGGCCUCGGAGCUCAUGGCGAGGGGCGGAGGUGGCACGCUGACGACAGCGACAGAGCCACGGCACGGCAGUGCCGCCGACAGCUCCGCAGUGGCGCUUCAGGCAGCCGACGGCCCAGUCGAGGUGGCCGGCGCCCGCGGCGACCACGCGGGGGCUCCGCCCUCCGCCCAGGUCAGCUACCUGACGGCGCCCAGUGCCACGGGGCCGCUCGCGCGCGGCACCGAGGCGAAGCGCAGGGGCCGAGGGGCCGACGUGCCCGACCCGGCUGUCGCGGCGUGCCGUUCGGGCGCGCGCAGGCGCCCAGAGGCGCCAGAAAAAAGAAGGCGGCACCGCCAGGUGCAGUGGGACGAGUCGGAUGUUCAAGCGCUGGAGUCCCGAUCGAGCAGCAACGGCGCUUCGUGUUCGGCGUCUACAGCGGUAUCGCUGCCGGGCCCGUCGUCCCGCUGGAGCGGGAGCGGCAUCGGCUGCGGCGUUCAGCUCGCCCAAGCCAGGCCACCGCGCGGAGUGCAGGGAGCCGAGCCGGGUUGCACGGGCGCCAGGCUGCUGAGGAGCGCCCGGCAGACGCGGCAUUUCCUGUCCUUGCCAGGGCCAGCCGCACUGUUCGCCGUGGGCCGCCCGGGCGGCACCCUAUUGACGCGCAGGG